AUCACUGAUCACCAUGCAGACAACAACCUGGAUACUGGCUCUGACUUUAAUUAUGGGCAUCUGUUUGAAGACAACUGCAGAACCACUUCAUGCUCAGUGCAAAGUUAUAUGGCUUUUUGGGAUCCCAUGCGGAGACGUUUCAAUUGCUUUGGUGAAUCAGAUCAAGGCUUGGAGAAGCGCUGCUGGUUGUAUAACCGGUGGAGAGAAAUGCAUGUAUGAGCUGGUUUCUGCCACAUCUUUUCGAAUCAUUGCCAAGCACACCUCCAUACAGUCGAAUACUGUAGAGGAUCUGAGCUUUGAUCUGGUGCCCACUGAAGGAUCUUCAGUCUGCAGAGUCACGGGAAUUUCCUUCUCCGAAUCAUGGGCUGUGCUGGCAGACAAUGGCAUGAACUACUGCACCCUUUACAACCUGAUCGAGGGAAGUGGGCUGGUAGAUGUUGAAGGUUAUAAGGAGUACACAAAUGAAUGGAUUUGUCUAGAGUAUUCGACUGCCAACUGCACCAUCUACUGAUCAGAUGUGUUUGACUUUCAUAUGGUUUAUUAACUUACUGACGA